AUGAGUGAUUUAACUACACCAAUACACGUUUUAGAUGAUUUGCCUCGACUGUCGACGACCUUACAUAUGCCCAUGUCUCCCGGCUGGUCAGCUAAUGCAUCCCUCUGCGUUUGCUUAUUGCUGUUUGAGGUCGCAGGAUCUGGAUUUGCAAAUGAUCUAAGGAUUAUACUCUUGUUUAACCUUGAAAUAAAAUUAAAAAGGGAUUUAGAUAUAUAUUGGCAAUUUUAA